UCCGUCAACAUUCAACAAGGGCACGGUAAAGAUUCUCUCUUUUCCCACAAGACUCGUCUAGAAAAGAAAAUCUCACUCCUUUUUCUCGGAAAAUUUAACAACCUUGGAAUAAAAAAAGGAAAGAAAAGGCAAAUGGCGGCGUCGGGGAUCUCAGCGACGACAAGAACAGAGGUUUUACAGCUCUACCGAUCACUUCUGCGAGUGGCGCGUCAGUUCUGCGACUACAACAUAAGGGAGUACACAAAACGACGAGCCAUCGACGCAUUUCGAGAUAACAAGAACUUAACCGACCCUUCUCAGCUCGCCGCCGCUUUCUCCGACGGUAAGGCUCAGCUGGAAGUCGCCAAAAGACAGGCUUUGGUUUAUCCACUCUAUGCUCCAAAGGUCAAAAGCAUUAUGGAAAUUAAGCUUUCUUAGAAAAUAUUUGUCAUUACGUUUUGACUUGUUCCAUUGGCGAAUAAAAAGAAAAACUUUGAUUCUUUGAGAUAACUAUCAAGUUUUGUACUUUUAUGAAGUGAUUUUAGUUAUGUAUACACUGUUUGGGA